AUGGCCGAUGGAAAGAAUGAGGCUCGCGCGUUGCGGAUACUCGAGAUUAUGAACGACUUCCGGACACUGCAACUACAUAUAUCUUCACUCAUUACACGAAACGAGGCGCAUCCUCCCGAUCAGCACUCCUACUACCUCGACGGCUACGUGGUGCUGAGGCAAGGUGCAGCCGAGUCCCAAGCCAUUCUAGCAACGCACUACAAUCCUGGAAAUCUUGGAUUGCAGGCCGGCAACAUCCCAGAGACUGAGGUUCAAAAGGCCACACUACAGAGAAUUAUUCUUGACUCUUCGACAAGACGCCUCCAAGCACACAAGAUCUACCUACGAGCAUCGGCUGCGAUGCGCUGGAUACAGAUGCGGGCGCAAAUUCUGAAAGGAGAGGCGCCGAGCCCGCGACAUGCAAAUGCUCUGAGAGCAAUUGACAACCGGCUUCAUGAGGAAUUGAACCAGAUUACCGACCAGCAUGUUGUCAAUGACCUACGGAACGCUGAUCGACGAAAGGGUUAUUGGGUUGAUGAAGACCCAACUCUGGAGCGUAUGCUAUCAUGGAUUAGGAUGCAGAGGUGA